GUGUCUUUCCCCCCUCAACCGUUACAACUUAUUUUAACUUUUUCUUACGGGAAUGGAAAACUAUUGGGACAGGAAAAACAGCUGUAUGCUAUAAAACAAAAGUUUAACUUUGUGGACAAACGGGACCUGUUGAGGUGGUGGUGGUGGUAAAAGUAGUCCCGGCGGGGGGGUCAUAACCCCGGAAGUCAGCGUCUGGCGCGCAUUUCAGUUUGGCGGUUUCGGAUCUGCAGUCAAACUGGGGUGGGAUGUGGUCGCGAACCAACCGAGCUGCUGAGGAGUUUUACGCUCAUCUCCUUCAGGAAUUUGAUGAAGAAAAGAAAGGAAUCUGUAAAGAUCCAUUUAUCUAUGAGACUGAUGUUCAAGUGCAGUUGAUCAGCAAAGGCCAACCAAACCCUUUGAAAAAUAUUCUAAAUGAAAAUGACACAGUAUUCAUCGUGGAAAAAGUGCCUUUAGAAAAGGAAGAAACAAGUCAUGUUGAAGAACUACAGUCUGAAGAAACUGCUAUUUCUGAUUUCUCUACUGGUGAAAAUGUUGGACCACUUGCUUUACCAGUUGGGAGAGCCAGGCAGUUAAUUGGACUUUACACCAUGGCUCACAAUCCUAAUAUGACCCAUUUGAAGAUUAAUCGGCCAGUUACUGCCCUUCCUCCCCUUUGGGUAAGGUGUGAUGGUUCAGAUCCUGAAGGUACCUGUUGGCUGGGAGCUGAGCUUAUCAUAACCAAUAACAUCAUCACAGGAAUUGUCUUGUGCAUGGUCACCUGUAAAGCUGAUAAAAAUUAUUCUGUAAAUCUUGAAGACCUCAAAAAUUCACACAAGAAAAGACAUCACUUGUCUACUUUAACAGCCAGCGGCUUUGCCCAGUAUGAGCUCUUUAAGUCCACUGCCUUGGAUGAUACAGUUGCUGCCUCACAAACUACGAUCACUUUGGAUAUUUCCUGGAGUCCUGUGGAUGAGAUUCUUCAAAUCCCUCCACUCUCUUCAACUGCAACUCUGAAUAUUAAGGUGGAAUUGGGAGAGCCCAGAGGUCCUCUGAAUCAUCUUCACAGACAACUGAAAUUUCUCCUUGUUUUAGCUGAUGGUUUGAGGACUGGUGUAACUGAAUGGCCUGAGUCUCUGGAAGCAAAAUCUGCUGUUGAACUUGUGCAGGAAUUUCUGAAUGACUUAAAUAAGCUGGAUGAAUUUGGUGAUUCUACGAAAAAAACCACAGAGACAGUGAAACAUGACUCUGCUGCAGUUGAUCGGUCCAUGGAGUGUCUUCUCACAGUACGGGGUGAUCUCGAUUUUGCUGAGCAGCUGUGGUGCAAAAUGAGUAGUAGUGUGGUUUCUUACCAAGACUUGGUGAAGUGUUUCACGUUGAUCAUCCAGAGUCUACAGCGUGGUGAUAUACAGCCAUGGCUUCAUAGUGGGAGUAACAGUUUACUAAGUAAGCUCAUUCAUCAGUCUUACUAUGGAACCAUGGACACGGUUUCUCUCAGUGGGAUUGUUCCAGUUCAGAUGCUUUUGGAAAUUGGUUUGGAUAAACUGAAGAAAGAUUAUAUCUGUUUUUUCAUAGGCCAAGAACUUGCAUCUUUGAAUCAUUUGGAAUAUUUCAUUUCUCCAUUAGUAGAUACACAAGAGCAGGUUCAUCGUGUUCAAAAACUCCACCAUAUUCUCGAAAUAGUAGUCAGUUGCAUGCUUUUCAUUAAACCUCAACAUGAACUCCUCUUUUCUUUAACACAAUCCUGCAUAAAAUUUUAUGAACAAAAUCCUCUCGAUGAGCAACACAUUUUUCAGCUGCCAGUCAGACCAACUGCUAUAAAAGACUUAUAUCAAAAUGAGAAGCCACAGAAAUGGAGAGUGGAAAUAAACAGUGGUCAAAAGAAGGUGAAAACAGUUUGGCAACUGAGUGACAGCCCACCUGUAGAUCAUCUGAAUUUUCACAGACCUGGUAGAGAUGAUUUUUCUGAAUUAACAUUAAACGGUAGCCUGGAAGAAAGGAUAUCCUUUACUAACAUGGUUACCUGCAGCCAGGUGCAUUUCAAGUGAAGUGUGCUGAUGGGGCCCUCUGUAAGGUGCUCAAGCCAAAAGUGAGAGAGAGAGGUGGUGGGAAGGUAAUUAUCACAGAACCUGAAAACAGAUGUAUGUAAACCUUCGAAGGAGCAAAAGGAGGAAGAUCCUGAAGAAGAUCCCGAAGGUUCUCUGUGAAAGAUGCAGCUACAAAAUGGAUGACCCUGUCUCAGCUCAGGCUCCUCAGCAGAAGCAUCAGGAGAACUGCAGCGAUUAGUAUACAGAGGGUGCAGACUGUAGGUACCAUGAUCUCCGUCAUGAUCUGCAUGUAACUUAGAAAAGGCUCUGCGGAGGGGGAGAGAGCAACAUGGCAGAUGAGAAUGUGGUCAUUUUGGCAAAUGCAGCUUCAUCCUGAAAGCUUCAGUUGUCUGGAUAAACUUGGAAAAUGGCAUCAUCACACUUGCUAAUUAUUCUCAUUUGCUAUAAAAGAGAACCUGGUAAAUUAAAUGUUAUAAAAAAAUUAUGUGAGGGCUUUGUAAGAUAUUUCAGAAAAUAUGGAUUAAGAAUGCUUAAAUUUGGUUCUUCCAUAGGUACUGUAAUAAAGUCUAAAUGUAUGUCAAUGCUAGUGCUUACUCAGAAUAUUAGCAGCCAAUAUUCCUCAGUUUCUAUAAUUCUCUUUGGGGGGAUUUAGGAAAGAAAAUGCCUUGGAAAACAUUUGCAUCCUUUCAAAAAUGUUUAUUGUAUAUCUUAAGAGGUAUAGGAAUUUCUGCAUUGAAAAUUUUCAUGGUCAUUCUUAACACAGCUAAACAGUCUUUAAGGGUUAAAUGAUAAGCAUAUUUCAAGUGCGUUAACGUUGUAGUGGACAUUUACGAAAUACCUGCUUUUAAGUUUUGUGCCAGGCACCCUUGGUUACUGAGAUAAAUAAGGCACAGGCCCAAUUCUCAUGAAGCUCAUGGGCUCAACAGUAAAUUCUACAUCAUGUCUCUACAUUAAGUUUAUUUUAGUUUAAUGGAAUAUACAUCUUUAAUAUUUGCCUGAUUAUUUAGAUGAGGCAGGAGGGGACAGUGGUAUAUGGGCCUGUAAAAAUAGUUGAAUUGGUAGGAUUUGGUCUAGCAUUUUCCACCUCUGAUACCACAUGGAAGAUGAAUUCAUUAAAACAGGAAGUGUAUUUCUCUGGUUGCCCUUAUAUAGAGAGAAAGACAAAAUUCAAAGAAACAAAUGAUAUGCUUUGGCAUUUCUUGAUGCAUGGUUACAUCCUGGUUGUUCUACAUCUCUGAGCCUUUUAGAUCCUGUUGCAUUAGAAAUGCCUUCUGUGAGAGCAGGGACCUUGUUGUUUAUUGCUAUGUCCCCAGGGCUUAAAACACCCUUGAGUCAAUAGUGACUGCUUCAUAAUUACUUGCUGAAUGAGUGAAUAUAAUAUCUAGAGUGUUUGAUUUUUCUUCAUUCCAUUUGGUAUAAUGGUUGAAUUUCUCCCUCCUUCCAACAAAGCCCACUAUAACACAAUAGUAGAUUUAUAAAUUUACAGUAUGAUUCAGAAUCAACCUAGAGUAGAUAUUUCUUUUUCAUGGUAGAUUUUUUUUUUUUUGGUACAUGGGCCUCUCACUGUU